GUUGUUUUCGAUUCAGAGAUCAUCAUCAUCGUCGUCGUUCAAAACCUUCAUCAAUGGCCGGGAAACUCAUGCACGCUCUUCAGUACGACUCUUACGGUGGUGGCGCCGCCGCUUUAAAGCAUGUUCAAGUUCCGGUUCCAACACCGAAGAGUAAUGAGGUUUGCCUGAAAUUAGAAGCUACUAGUCUAAACCCUGUUGAUUGGAAAAUUCAGAAAGGAAUGAUUCGCCCUUUUCUGCCCCGCAAGUUCCCCUGCAUUCCUGCUACUGAUGUUGCUGGAGAGGUAGUUGAGGUUGGAUCAGGAGUCAAGAAUUUCAAGGCCGGUGACAAAGUUGUAGCGGUUCUUAGCCAUCUAGGUGGAGGUGGACUUGCUGAGUUCGCUGUUGCAAGCGAGAAGCUGACAGUCAAAAGACCUCAAGAAGUUGGAGCAGCUGAAGCAGCCGCUUUACCUGUGGCGGGUCUAACCGCUCUCCAAGCUCUUACUAAUCCUGCGGGGUUGAAGCUGGAUGGUACAGGCAAGAAGGCGAACAUCCUGGUCACAGCAGCAUCUGGUGGGGUUGGUCACUAUGCAGUCCAGCUGGCAAAACUUGCAAAUGCUCACGUAACCGCCACAUGUGGUGCUCGGAACAUAGACUUUGUCAAAUCGUUGGGAGCGGAUGAGGUUCUCGACUACAAAACUCCCGAGGGAGCUGCCCUCAAGAGUCCGUCAGGUAAGAAAUAUGAUGCUGUGGUCCACUGUGCAAACGGGAUUCCAUUUUCGACAUUCGAACCAAAUCUGUCGGAAAACGGGAAGGUGAUAGACAUCACACCGGGGCCUAGUGCCAUGUGGACUUAUGCAGUAAAGAAAGUAACCAUGUCAAAGAAGCAACUGGUACCGCUCUUGUUGAUCCCAAAAGCUGAGAAUUUGGAGUUUAUGGUGAAUCUAGUGAAAGAAGGAAAAGUGAAGACUGUGAUUGACUCGAAGCACCCUCUGAGUAAAGCGGAAGAUGCUUGGGCCAAAAGUAUCGAUGGCCAUGCUACUGGGAAGAUCAUUGUCGAGCCAUAAGAGCGUUUUUUGCCAUCUUUGACUGUCUGUAAUAAUAGAUGUUAAAAGUUUGU